AUGAUGUCCGAUUGCAACCCUCUACCUAACAACAAUAAGAGGAGGAGGAGGAAGACGAAGGAGUCUGGAUUACAGUUGUUGCCAGACGCGGUGACUUUGAGCUGCCUGGCUCUGGUGUCAAGACUGGACCACGCUGCCUUAUCUCUCGUCUCCAAGAGAUACCGCUCUCUCGUGGCUUCCCCUGAGCUCUGCCGCACGAGAUGGCUGACUGGUUGCACCGAGGCGUCUUUCUACGUCUGCUUACGCAUUCUUCCUGACCCAAGCCCACGCUGGUUCAUCCUCACUCCUAACCGUCGGCUCAGUCCGAUCCCCUCAAACCCCUAUUAG